UAAAAAUGUCUAAGCAACAAGAUACCACAAUGACAACAGCGCAACAUCACCACCCGCAAAAACGUCCCGAUACGGUCGCACAUCCGGACCCAAACCCGGAUCCGAUAGCGUAUGAGGCGGAGGUAUACCAGCGUGGCCUACGGUACCAACGUCCGCCGUUUACUUUCAAACCGUUGGAAUGGGGACCCUUAGCCGCUGAACGCAUGUCUGCCGACACGAAGGGAUACGUACUAGGCUGCGCGGGAACAGGGGAGACGGGUAGGAAGAAUAGAGAUGCGUUUGCGCGGUGGAGUAUCGUCCCUAGACGAAGUGGGAAGGGAGAGAGUGUAUUCCUGGAUCUUUCGACUGAGGUGGUGGGGAGGAAGUUACCGUGUCCGAUUGCAUGUGCACCCGUAGGUGUGCAAAAGAUCAUGAAUCCAGAUGGUGAAAUCGCGACUGCGGCGGCGGCGGCGAGGGAGCGGGUUCCGUUUAUUUUGAGUACGGCGAGUAGCACGAGUAUCGAGGAUGUGGCGAGGGCUAGUGAUGCUGCGGUAGACGGGAAGGGGAGGGCUGAGAGGUGGUAUCAGUUAUAUUGGCCCUCGAGGGAACAUGAUGAUAUUACGGUUUCGUUGCUAAGACGGGCGAGGAAUGCUGGGUUCUCGGUGCUGGUGGUUACGCUUGAUACGUAUAUUCUUGGAUGGAGGCCUAGUGAUAUGGAUAAUGGAUACAACCCUUUCCUACGCUCCGAUCAAGUAGGUGUAGCCAUCGGACUAUCAGAUCCGGUAUUCCGCAACCACUUUAAGCAAAAACAUAGAUGCGAAGUAGAAGAUGACAUGAGCGCUGCGGCGGCGGAAUGGACACGUACUAUUUUCCCGGGGACGGGCCAUACACUCGAAGACGUGCAAUUUCUUCGUCAAGAAUGGGGCGGACCGAUUAUACUAAAAGGCAUUCAAAGUGCAGACGAUGCACGGCAAAUUGCAGAAUCAAACCUUGUAGAUGGAAUUGUGGUUAGUAACCAUGGGGGUCGACAAGCCGAUGGGGGUAUGAGUUCGAUAGGUGCGCUGUCAGGCAUUGUUAAUGCUGUUAAUACUGUUAAUCGCACGCCCGAUAACCAAUUCACUGGGAGUGAGAGGAGAAAGGUCGAUGUAUUGUUUGAUUCGGGGAUCCGCAGCGGCGCGGAUAUAGCGAAGGCAAUGGCAUUAGGUGCUAGUACGUGCCUCGUAGGACGACCUUACGUCUAUGGACUUGUGCUUGGUGGUGAAGAGGGUGUUGCGCAUGUUCUGCGAAGUCUACUUGGGGAUUUGGAGCUCACGCUAUAUCUCUCCGGGAUCGAGUCUACGAACCCGAAGCAUCUGAAUAGGCGGGUACUUGUUAAAGAGGAUGAGCUAUUUUAG